GUUGUUUUGUGAAUUUUGUCAAAAGAAAGUUCAGAACCUUGUUCUUCCGGUGUACCUAGUCCUAGAGAAAAAGGAGAAACGAAGGCCACCAUGAUCAGCGUUCUUGCUCAGGAGCGUUUUCUUGGCGCAGCCUUGGGCAGCAUUUUCACCGGAGUCGUUGUUUUCGAACAACGCAGGAGCAUCUAUAGCUCGAUUUCAGAGAACCAAUUCCAACCCAAACCUCAAUCUCAGAUGGAGGAGAGGAAAUUGGGAAAGAAAUAUCGGUUGGAGUUUACUCAUCUGUGGAACAAAGCAGUGGACCAGACGAUGGGGCCUAUGAUUGCAUUUCUGAGUUCUCGUGGGUGGUAGAUGAGAACAUUGAAUAGUUAAAUACCAAACAUGGACUUUUACUAGCUCUGCUUUUUAAUUGUAUUCCUCCCAUUUGCAGUUUUCUGUUCUGAAAUUAAAUGAUGAAAAUAACAUGCCAAUCCCUCCCUGAUUCAUCAUUAUAUUGAUUGCAUUGCAAUG